AUGGAGGGUUACGGGAACAUGAAGGCGGCGCCUGAGUUAGUGGAUUCGAAGACGUCGAUGUGGUGGGACAUGGACACCUGUCCGGUUCCCGAUGGGUAUGAUGCUCGUCGGAUCCGUCCAAGUAUAGAAUCGGCGUUGAAGGAUUUAGGGUACUUGGGUCCUGUAACCAUCUCCGCCAUGGGCAACCUAGAAAAGACCCCAGCUCACGUCCUGCAAGGCCUCUCUUCCACUGGAGUCGAUGUUACACACACCGUUUCCAGUACGGUGGGUCCAUACAUUUUAUAUGGUUAUAUGGAAUUCAAACGCCUUAAUCCACCUCCGGCAACAAUAAUGAUCAUAUCCGAUAAAGUGGAUGAUGAAUUGGCUCCCGUUCUUUGUCGGGCUCAACAAAUAACGGGUGGAUAUAACCUUGUUGUGGCACAUACAUGUACUAUGCGGAAAUGGACGCAAGCCCUGUACACUACUGCAGAGUGGUUCUGGAAAAUCAUACUGGGGGAUGAUCAACAGCUUCAGAAUUUCAGUGAAUCUGGUGAAUCUACCAAGUUUUUAUGCCAAUCAUGCCAAUUUACUGCCCCAGCCGUUACAAAUUUCACCUCGCAUCUCUCCACUGAUAUACAUAAACAGAAGGAGUUGAAUAUUAUCGAGUCUAGGUCAUGA